AUGGCCGUUCGCCAUAACCUCACCAUUACCUUUGUGUUCAGUCUUUUGAGCGUGGUUCUAGGACAAGAGUCUGCAUGGCUGACUCCCGAUGGAUCCCAGCCUAAUUAUACCACGGCGUUCUCCAACGCCGACCUGGUCACAGUCUCCUGGAAUGCAAUGACUGGAGGUCCCAGCGAUCUGUGGAUCAGCGCGGUAGACUCCAAUUAUGCCACACGUCUGGGGUCGAAUAUCGACAUCACUCGAGCGGGAACCUAUCCUUGGACAAUAACGGUGGGAGAUGAAGAAAUCGACAUAGACGACCGCUUUCUACUAGCUUUCAUACCGACGGGAACAUCGUAUAAGAAAGAAGCUUCCACUCAGUACGAUACAAGCCCAGCUUUCAUACUGGUGAAGCAAGGCGAACCACUGCCAUCGAAUACAUCGGCGACCAGCACCUCAUCGACACCAUCCAGCACUUCCAGCCCAACUUCGGACUCGACAUCAGAGUCAAGCGCCAUUCCUACUGAGGACUCGUCAGAUCCAUCGGACGACUCAUCGUCCAGUCUCAGCGGCGGACUGAUAGCUGCCAUUGCCAUCGGAGUUUUGCUGGCGGUAGUACUUAUCCUAGGCCUGCUGUUGUGGGGUUUGAAACUUCGUCGCAAGGUCAAGGCUGCGAAUAAUAUCCGUUCUUCCGGCAUCAUACCGGUAUCGGGAGUCAUUCCGGUGCGUCCGGGAGGAGGCAAUGAGAAGCGCAUCUCCGGCGUACAUGAGACCAACGGUGAUCAAGUGCAGCCUGUGGAAUUGCCGGCCCGGCGCAAAACCGUUUACCACGAGAUGUCUGGGUGA